UUUAAUGAUAGCCCUCUUAGGUUGUUGUUGGCACUGUCACAACGCAACUCUGGACAAAAGAGCCCAGAGUCUGCAAAAAGAAUUGGCAUUGAAAAAUACUGAAGUAUGUUGGGAUUCACCUUUUGGGGAGAAUGUGGAGAAUUAACUAUAGAGCAGUGGAGCUCCUGAGUUUUGUGCUCAAGAAUACCAGUUGGAGACCUACGUGUUCCUGACACUGGAGGAAGUCUGCAUAGCAGGUGGUGUGACCUCUGAAACAUGGAGCAAUGACAUCUGCAAAAGGGGUUUGAAUUUUGGGGAAAUAUGUUGGUGGGAGACGUAGUUUGAAUUCGAGAUAACUUUAUUGUUCUUUAAGUGGCAAAAAAUGCAUACAAGUUCUUACCUAAAAGCAGGUCCUGCAGCUUCUCACCUUUAUCAGAAUGAAAUGGGGAGACAUAUUCAUUUCUCAGUGCUUGACUACCUUGCUGGACAAAACCAGGUUUUUUAGGCAUUGUUCUUAUUUUCAGAAAUCACGGAUUUUUUUUUUUGUAUCCAUAUAUUAGCAGUGUGUCUGCGUAUCAGUCUUGAGGUAACCUUUCUCAUGGCUAAUAACUGAAGGCAGGGGCAGAUAUGGCAGGGUGAAGCAGUGACUGCUGGAGUGUGUGGGGUUUUUUUGGAUAGAUGUUUUUAACAGUUCAGCACAUGCUUGGUGAUAUGGGGAGAGGUGGGGAAGGGCUAGCUGUUAUUACAGCAGCUGAAAACUGCAUGAUAGUGUCCUGGAAACACUGCAUUUUGGACUUUGGUAUCUACGUUUAGAAACACUUUCAGCAAGUAACAGCUCUUCCAGCUCAGGGAAGAGCGUGGCACUGCGCAUUUAAAUGUUCUGAACAAGUUACAUUAAUUCAGUGCUUCACUGUACUGAACAGGCUAUUCUGUUGCUAAAAAGUAAAUGCUUAAUACAGUAAAAGGCACCUAAUUAUGGAAACAGCCUAUUAGGUGGAAAGCUAAGUAGGUAACAGCCUGUGUAUCAGGAGCUCCUGAGAACUUGCAUCUUCCUACUUGAGAGUACAUGGAGGACAAGUGCUGUUUAAUUGAGCAUCUUCAUACCUUUAUUUCCUUUUCCCAUUUACUGUGGUUUUGGUUGCUUCCCAUGUGAUACCUCUCUUCAGUUGUGAAGAACUAAAGGUUAAAAAAGUUCAGUAGUGGUUUUGCACUGAAGUGAAGGUUUUUAAGUCAUGGCCUUAACUUCUGUUUAGUAAGGCAGGACAGAUAACCAUAUGCUGUUACUUUUGGUGCAGUCAAGGCAAAGAGAACAAGAACACAUGUGCCCUGUUGCAAUGAGUAGUUAAUUUCUUGCUACUUACUGACAAGGCUUGAAUGUUAGCACAAAAAAGUCUGUAUCUUUGAAGAAGUUGGCUUGCCUUAAGGCCUUUUUCCCUCUCCUUUUCAAACUUCUGUAUCUAGAGUAUAACUUUAUCCCUUAUUUAGUCCUUUACUAUUUAUUGUUCAUCUUGAAUGAUUCAGCAAAAGUGAAUUCAUCAACUUCCCGUAUUAGGUGAGGGGAGUUGUAGAUAUAUAAUAACCCCCAAUCCUGGUUGCUUGCAUGGAGAGUAAUCACAAAAAAUGGCAGGAGUGCCAGAAGUUUAGAAUUCAAGUCCUCUAUUUAUUAUAUAGGUUGGAAACACCCCCCUCCCAAGUCCCCUCAAAACAAUUCUAGUCUCAAGUCAGACAUGUUACUAAGCUUUGUGCUACAACAGUUGCAGACGGUAGCCUGUGCAAAUAGGUAUUUGCUGGUGUGGGUGGGAAGAAGCAGUCUGGGGAGUAUUUGGAGACUUACCAGAUGUUAACUACCUUUAGUUAGAGGUUGGUGAGUCUGCUGGGGCUGCGUAACAUCUGCAAGAGGUGAUGCUCAGCAGGCUUCAGUAGACAGCAUUUCCUGUUUCAUGGUGAAAUGUAACUCAGGUUUGAUCUCUUCAUAGUAAUAAAAAUGUCAGCGGCAUUUCUAGUUCUGAAGCACUUGGAGGGGAUAAGUGGGGGAGGAGAAAUGUAGUAAACUGAAUGUAAAGACUGCAAAUGUUCCCCGGCAUUGCCAGCUGGCUAUAGAUUUUUCUUGGCUCUUGUUACAAGCCCUUUGAACAAUAUGAAAUGCAAAGGCCCGUGAUAGCCCCAUAAGCAAAUUCUUUGAGUGAAAGGAUAAUGCUGUCAAAGCCAUUUAUGUUGCUUACAUCAACUAAGCUGCAAGUAACGGUGGAUUUUUGUGGCAUAACCAGCCUGUGUGCUUUGCAAAAGACUUUAAUCCUAGUUUACCUUUAUUCACAGUCUCCCUUGUGUGUUAGUGUCAGUGAUACAGGCAGACAACUCCCUCUGUCCCUUGACAAGCAUAUCAAGUGAAUGCCUGCAAUCUGGAAAGUCAGUUGAUGCCAUCUGGUCAAGUGCUAAUGAGGCUGCUGGAAUACUGGUGUCAAAUGUUACCUUAACCUAAACAGACUCCAUAUGAGAUGAUGCGAGACUUUUCCCAUACCUUUCAUGUGCUGGCGCAGCUGAACUCUGAACACAUGAUACCUCAGGAUUUUAUCAGCUGAUCAGUGUGAAAAAGCGAUGGGGUACCCAGGAGCCUGUGCAGUGCAGUAUGUGGGUAGAGUCAGUGCAAAGAGACAAUCCCUGAACAGUGGAAGACCGAUUCUUUCCUGUAGUAACCCAAAAUGAGAAGCAAGGGCUUUACAUCUGUUAGGUGCUCUUGAGACUUGCAGCUGAUAUUAGAGCUUUCAUUGUUUAUUCCAUAUGAAUCCUUUCACAAAUGUCUUCAAAUAUUUUUGUCGGUAAGGAUGGCUGCUCCCUGCUGAUUUCCUUUUGAAAAGGUGUGUAGAUGUGUCACAAGCCUAGUGUGGCAGAACUUGCUUGAAGUUUUGGGUGGUAAGUGCUUGACCUAUCUCGUAUUUAUAUGAUAAUUUGAUGCAUGAUAACAUGUCUGAUUAGCUUCUCUUGAGUGUAAGUGGGUACAUCUGGCAAGUUUUAAUGUAGUGAUCCUCACACCAAGCAGUGUUAAAAGGAAAACCUGUCACUCCUGCAUUGUGGACUGAAAUAAUCUAUUUCAUAUGCUUUUGUUUUUCUACAUUUUUUAAGUGAGAGGCCUGAGUUUGUUUCUGUGGUAUAUAUAACAGCCAGAGCAAUGCCAAAAAGCGAGACCUUUUUCUCUGUGGGAUGUGUUUUCUAGGUCUCUGGAGGUGUAUCAGAAUGGCAGGAAAAAAAGAUACUGAUUACAGAAAGUCAUGAAGUCUCAUAAAAAGGAGUCUUGUGGCUAAGCUGAAGGAGUGUACAUUUUCCUGUCCUCCACACGGGCCUGACUGCAGCAUUGAUCAGUGCGAACGGUUGACCCCUUUAUAAUGAAGUGGCUUUGCUGUGCUUCUCACUGCCUUCCUUAAGAGCACUUGUGUAAAAACCUACGUUCUGAGAGCAAGAGGAAGAAGUGACACGAACAACUCUUUGUACUAGUGCUCUGUUCCCUACAGAGAGCUACAUAUAAAGGAUCUUAUUUAUGUCUUGUGAUCAAGAGGAGAAAGUUUGUUGGAUUUGCUACAGUCUGCAAGUGCAGGUAUCCCCCCCUCUAUCUUCCAGUUUUUGUUACUCUUCCUCAGGAAAAUGAUUCUCAAGCUUAGCAACAAGCAUUUGCUGCUAGGUGUUGCUAAAUGAUUAAUAGCUAAUGUUUUUCAUUACUGGAUAUUGUGCUGACAUGUGUGGCUCAGUUUUGAUCUGCCCCUAGAGCAGCAAAGAUGGAAUUAAAGCCAGGUACUGAAGAGAUGUAUUCCAGUUUUGGAGGUGGGAAGUAACGGAAAAAGCACGACUGCUGCAGUGAAUCCUGCUCAGAAAUUUUAUGUAAAAAACAAUAGUACACCACCACUAAUGGAAGUCCAGAUUUUACACAGCUGCAAACGAAGUUAAAUGCAUGUUGCUGUUUCUGCCCUGACCUGUCCUACCGUGCAUCUCAUGUAUUGCACAGAGGUGGUAAGGGUAGCUUCUGGCAUCUUCUUGCUCACAGAGGUACAGUGGUGCUGUCAGCCCUCUGGGGCUGUACUGGGGGAAUGAGCUUCAGGUGGCUAUCUUCACUAGAGCACCUCUGCAGACUGGUGUUUUACCAGGUGUAUCUUGACAUUUAAUAAAGUUAUUUCCUAUUUUCUUGGCUAAACAAUUACUGUUGGGUGAAGCCAAAGGUAGUGGGACAUGUCAUUAUGUUGUCUCGGGAGCAGAGGAGAGGAUGCACUCAGCGUGGUGGUGUGCAGAGCUGUGCCAUGGAGGAGUCGUGCAUCUGCUGCAUCUCCUUGGCUAUUUUGGGAGUUUACCUUGGGAGGCUUACCCAAGGGCUUACUUUAAAUAACUGGAACAGCAUUUGUGACAGCCUACAAUAAGCUGAGCUGCAGCAAUUGAGCUCAGAUACAGAUUUAUUAAGGAGUUUGGGUUUUGGCAAUUUUCAUCCCCUGGGAAAAUCUGAUUGGGAAUGUUGCUAAUACCAUGGGAUGUUUUGCCAAACCAAAGAGAGAGUUAGGGCCUUGUCAUCUUAUGACAACAUUUUUAAUUAGCCAUUGUGUUUUUAAAUAGGUAUUAUAUUUAAUGCUAUUACACAAAGGUAAUGCUAACUGACUAUAGAAAGAAUAGAAAAAUUUACCUGAAGGCCCCUAAAAUGCAUAAACAUGUUAUUUCCUUUUUUGUAACAGACUUGUUCUUUUCCUUUUACAACCUAUUUGCUUUUGUCUAUGUUGUUUUGGUUGGUUUCAGUCCAAGACUUCUACCUAUAGUUGUGUCAGCAUGAUACUGAGGUUAAAGGCUGGGUGAAUGCUGGGUUGUGGGUCAAGCUGAGGUGGCUGGUCUAGCUGGUGUGUCUUGCUGUGUACCAUAGUCUCUGAAGGCCAUCCCUCUACAUCUGGCAAGCAUGGCUGAAAGACUUAUAAAUCAGGUCUUGAAAUGCUACAGUUUCUCAGACAAGCAUAUUAACAUAAUGAAAAACUUCAGCUCAAUAGCCAAGAGCUAUUGCAAGCUGGUGAUGGCUUAAGCUGUUCUCAUGUAGUCCAUGCAUCAGUACCCCGGUUGGCACAUUGUAGCCCCAUUUAGACGAUGCACCCAUGUGGCUACACAGCUUCCAGUUGUCUUCCUGUAUGAGCGGAGAAUGCUUAUGCCUUUCUGUGAGGGGACUGUGCCCUUUUCUCCCUCCAUAGGUGAAAGAAAACUCUGUACUUGCUUAUUUUCCCCUUUCCUAGAGAAAACACUCUCAUUGCAUUUGUAGUGUUUGCCCUUUCCUUUUGAACUCUGGUCAUUGAUGUUUAUUUUUCACUUCUGUUUUACCAGUAUUUAAUCCUACCUUUUCUACUAACUUUCCCUGAAAUGGCUCUCUUUCUCCCUUGAAUACUGUUUCUGGCCUCAAAGUUAUUUGCCUGUGUUUACAGGGAGAGUAGAUAUGUAUGUAAAUGGACAUUGCCUUUGCCAUCGUAAUACGAUCUUCAAAGGCUUGGACCACAGUCACUUUGCAUUCUUUACAUCAAAUAGUUCUCUUAGCAAGUUGCUGCCAACAGUGCUGCAAGGGCCCAAUCCUGCUAAUGGUGUUCUGCUCCCACUGAACUAACAGGGCUUGUAUGCAUAAAAAUGAAUUUUAAAAUUAGAGUUGUGUGAUCCUUACACGGUUAUGCUCAUGUUCUACCAUUUUGUCCUUUCUUUACUGAUGUACUCUGGAAGUGAUCACCAGUUCUUAAUUUUUCAUGACCAUUUGAUGUGUGUUAAAAUACAGCAAUUGAUAGUAGUGGAGGAGGGGUCGCUAGGUUCCAAUCCAACAUGGAAACAUGGUGUUUUAGGAAAGGCCUGUCUUUAUGAAGGUAUCCCACGGUGGGUCCUGAGUAUGAGGCACAACUACCUCUGCAGUGCUGUAAUACCUGCAGUACCUGUUUUUGUCACCUUUGCCAGCAAAGCUGCUCAGUGUGUGUGGUGGUGUGGGCUGGUAAAGUGGGAGCUGUGGUGGGGAAGGAGAUUGCACACCCUGGGGCCAAGGAGAGAGUGAGUUGCUGGGAGAGAGCAUAUGAUGUGAACAAAUCAGGACAACAGUGCAUUGGUGUAAUGUGUCAUCAGCUUGUACUGCAACCCCGACCAUAGCAUGAAAUCCUCAAUGGAGUGAACCUAUACCUCCCGUGAGAGCAGAUCACAAGGGUGGUAAAGAAGUGGGGAUGGACACACACACACACACACACACAUGUGAUCCUAUUGCAGCUUUCUUUAGUCCCUCAGUCUAAAACCUUUCUGGUGUUCUGAUCCUUUUCUGGUCUUGGGACUGUGGAAGAUGGAAAGGAACCUCCUCUACUGCCUUAGCCACCAUCUUGGUCUUCCACCGAGAGGUCACAUACUGGGAGUUACCCAGGCUCCUGUCCCCCUGGGUGCUCACUUACAGCAUGACCCCUCUCAAACCCUACCUGGAGAAACUGGGAAGGUGGAACAGGGGCAUGAGCAGAGGUGAGGGCAGAUGGUUUGCAAGCCUUUUUUGUUGAAGCUUAUCAGAGCUACAGCCGUACAAAUAUAACAGCUAUUCACUAGAGGGUGUUAAUUGGUAUAGUCAUAAGCAGUACUCUGAAUUUGCCCUGGAAGUUGAGAGUGAAGCCAAUAAUACCUCUUGAAGUAUAAAUGUUGGUAACGGAGUUGUUCUCAAAAUUCCCCUUCCCCCAAUCAGCUGGACCCAUUUUUUUCUGCCCAAAUGUAUGUGGAGUACUGUGGUUCACCCAAGACUCAAACUAGUCUAGUGUCUAGUUGUUUAAGAUGAAAACCAGAAUUGUACAACUAUUUGGAAGCUAUCAUAAAGGAUUUCUGUCUCCAUUUUUUCCCUUCCCAGUGACACAAAGUGAUAUCAAAAGGUAUUAAAAAAAACAAAACAAAACCCACCAAAAUUUUGUGAAGAAGCCUGCCACGUGAAUAACUUAGCACUUAUGUUAUUGUGGAGUGUUGAGUCUCUGCUUUGAAAUAGUUGUGUAUUUUACUCAAGAAUGCUACAGCCACUUGCAAGAACGGGGAGAAUUUCAGUAAGGGGAGAAUGUGUUAAUUAUCCAGCUAAGACACAUUCAGUGCUGCAUUUCAUGUGUUUUCAUGCCCACUGAAGCAAAUCCAGAAAAGUUCUAUGCUGGGGCAGUGUGUGUGCAUGCCUUAGAGCUGAACAGUUGUAAAUGGUUAAAAAGGGGUUCUCUGCUAGAGAGGAGGAGGGGAGAGUAAGAGUGCAUUCCCAAAAAAGUACAUUCCCAAAAUAAAAAGCUUACAUCAUGGACCUCUUCAGCUUUCCCACACUUCUUUCCUAAUUAUUGUCCUGCAGGACAGCUGAUCUAUUUCAAACAGGAAGCUGUUUACAGAUAACACUUGCAACUGUUUUGUCUGAUUUGUUGAACUGCCGAAAAGCAAAAGACAACCUCUUUUCAAAUUAAAAACUGUCAGACUUCUGUAAACAGCAGCAAUGAGGUUCAUCUGUGCAGUGUCCCUGCAGGCACAGAGCGUUCGGCAGUUCCCAUUUUCUCAGCAACCAUAAGGAGUCGGUGACCUGUAAGUGCUCAUUAUGAAGAGAGAUCUGGUUUUCUUGGUGACUCUAAUUAGCCUUGCCUUCCUGUCACUGCUAAGGUCUGGAUAUCCUCAACAUAUUGCAGAAGAAUCCUGCUCUGUUCAAAUUCUUGUUCCAGGCCUCAAAGGGGAGGCUGGAGAAAAGGGAGAGAAAGGUGCUCCAGGUCGUCCAGGCAGAGUUGGGCCUCCAGGAGAAAAAGGAGAAAUGGGGGACAAAGGACAGAAAGGCAGCAUGGGACGGCAUGGAAAAAUUGGUCCUAUUGGUUCAAAAGGUGAAAAAGGAGAUAAUGGUGACAUAGGACCACCAGGUCCUAAUGGUGACCCAGGCAUCCCCUGUGAGUGCAGCCAGCUAAGGAAAGCUAUUGGUGAAAUGGAUAUCCAAGUGGCCCAGCUGACAACAGAACUAAAAUUCAUAAAAAAUGCACUGCCCUCCCCCGCAGCUGUUGCUGGUGUGCGUGAGACAGAUAAUAAGAUAUAUCUGCUGGUGAAGGAAGAGAAACGAUACAAGGAGGCCCAGCUAUAUUGCCAUGGAAGAGGAGGGACUCUGAGCAUGCCCAAGGAUGAGACUGCCAACAAUCUGAUCGCCUCGUACAUCAACCAAGCUGGGCUCACCAGAGUUUUCAUUGGGAUUAACGACCUAGAGAAAGAGGGAAAUUUUGUCUACUCUGACCGAUCACCCAUGCAGACCUUCAACAAAUGGCGCAGUGGGGAGCCCAACAAUGCUUAUGAUGAGGAGGACUGUGUGGAGAUGGUGGCAUCUGGAGGGUGGAAUGAUGUUGCGUGUCAUAUUACCAUGUAUUUUGUGUGUGAAUUUGACAAAGAAAAUGUCUAAGGUUGUCUGCUUUUUUUUUUUUUUUAUUUUAAGAAAAGUUUUUAAGCCAAUUGUACAAGUUACUCCAUGUUUAUAGAGUACAAGUGAUAUUUUGCAAGUAUGUGGCAUCAGUGUUGUACAGCUGUAAAUACAAUUUAGGUAUUUCAAAUAUCAGUAUUUACCCUUCAGAAGGGAAGAGCAGUGAUAAGACAUAGAUUGUUUUUUCUAUAGGAAGAUAUAUGUAUCUAGAUAAAAAUUGUGGUUUGGGGCUAAAUUCUGCCCUUACUACAGUUAACGAACAUGAUUGCAUGACUGUAUGGGAAGGCAGGAUUUGGUCUCUAGUUGUUAGAAUGAUUAUUUCUGAAGAAGUAGAUUCCUGAUAUUCUUCUAUUUUAGCAAAACUUGUAGUUAUAAAUGUUAAUUGCUUGUAGUGCUAAAGGGAUAUUUCAUCAACAAGGCAAAUAUUUUGUAUACUCCAGUUGAUAAGUACAAAUAUUACUGUAAGUUUUUUGGAUGUAAAGGUCUAGCAACUUAAAAAAAAAAAACCAAACAAAACAAAAACAGCCAAAGAAAACCAAGAAAUCAGGUGUCCAACCAAUUUUAUAAUGUUUUUUUCUUAAACUAUUCACAGGUUUGUGGUAGGAUGCACUUAAGAAAACUGACUGUUAGAGCUGGGGGAGGACAAAGUUUUUAUAAAUUAGCACUGAAAAAGGGAUCCCAGCCAGAUGGCUGGUUUUGGGGUUACCUAAAGGUAAAAAUAAGAUUUUGGUAUUCUAAAUUCUUUAAUUGAGAAUUAUUUAGUGCACAAACUAUUUCAGGCCCCCCAAAAAUUCUUAAAGUAAAUGCAUUUCCCAUUUGUAUAGUAUGAUCUUGGUGCAUCUUGUUACAAACUAAACAAAAUACCAGCCCUCCACAAUUUAAGUCAGACUUCAUAAAUAGACAAUGAAUCUCAUAAAAAUGGUGUAGCUAGUAGAUCCUUUUGGUAGGAAAAGAGCUUACAUGUUUCCUCAGGUCGUAAGCAUGACACCCUGAAAAGCAGCAAAAGUUUCAAAAAUUUUCCUGAUUAUGUAUAUAGCAGUAAUAAAAAAUUUUUAACAAAUAAUUUAUGUACCCAACUUGGAAUUGCAUGUGAUGGAAAAUGUGAUGUAUAUUUAGAAAAACCCCAACAAUAUAAUUUCACAAAGGAAAUGAUGAAUUACCUUGGAUUUUCCUAGGAGCCUGUUGCGUGACAUCUUAUCUUGCUUCUAGGCAUGAAAAGAUGACUGCGAAAUCUCUGACUGUGUUUUUUCAGGAAUACCUUGUGCAUUGUUUUAAGAUGAUUUUUUAGGAGAAAUGAUCCUUUGUAUAACAUAGUAAUCAAACUACAUAUCUGAUCAUUAUGGGAGAUUGGUCUACAGGAUAUCCAGAGUGGAUGUGGCAUGCAGUCCCGGAGAUUUCCCUACAGCAAGGAGAGACUAACUCAUAUCAACUCUACAGUGCUGUAGUAUAUAAACAAUCAAUGAUCAUACAAUUCUGUUCAUAUUCACAGAGUCUGACAAUAUUUGAUGCAAUGCUAUUAUUAUAUGCCUAAGAAAACAAACCGUUUUACUUGCUAUAUUCACUCUGUGAAUUUGAAUCCAUUAUAUAUAUAUAUGUUUCCUAUUAAUUUUGAAGAUCAGUUGCAAAUUCCUAUAGUAUCUGAAUAUCAGCCCAGUUCCAGAGCAGUCACUCUAAGAAAUGAAUGGUCUUUUGAUUGCUUUACUUUCUUUCUAAUAAAGGUAGGUAUGAUUCCUAUAUGUUAGGCAUUCUUCCAGCUGUAUACUGAAAUCUAUUAAAUAAUGUAAAUAUGAUUCUACACUAAUAUUCAAAAACUCUUUACAGAAUUUGCAGGGAGCUAACAGUGACAGUGGAACAAUUUGUUUGUUUAGAAUAGCGCCUUUUGAAUAUCAUGAUUGUUUCCUGCCUACUAUAGAAAUCCUCAGAAACCAUUUAAAUCUCCAACAUACUUUUGUCAGCUCACUGUAGCUGUAUUAAACCAGUCCAAA